ACUUAGAUUCUUUAGAAAAAAAGUAAAUGCUAUAAAACUGUGUCGUAUUGAAAUAAUUUCAUAUUGAACAGAUUAACUGGUUUAUAACUAAGAGAUAAGUGUGCAUCAUAGAACCUCUGCGCUUUACUCUUUUGAAGUAAAAUAUAAAACUUACCGUGCAAUAGCAAAAUUGUGCAAUAACAAACUUGAAAAAAUAAAACCAAAAAGUUGAAAGUGUUGAAAAGUAAAAAAAAAAAACAAAAAAAUGGCAGCUUAUGCACAAUUCGGAUAUGGCGGCUAUCCUUCGGCAUCACAGCUGUUGUCCGCCAAUCUCACGCAGUCACCGCAAACGGGCGACUCACCAAACACACCCAACACCGCAGCAAUGGCCGGCUCUGGCGGUGCCAAUGCGCCUGCGCUCAGUCCUACGAAUGUCGGUGAGUGUCGUGUGAAUAGCGGCGCAGGCGGUUCUGCGGAUGUGCCCAGUGGUGCAAUGAGUCCGGAUGGGCUUUCGCAAAACUCCAACAACACAACUGGCGGUGCUGGUGGCUUAAAUAAUCCUGCUAGCGGUGGCGCACUCGAUGGCAGUGUUGGCGGUGUUACUGCUGCCGGUUUGGGCGUUAUUGGUCCCGGUGGUGCUGGUGGUGGCUCUUGCUGCGAGAACGGACGUCCCAUUAUGACAGACCCGGUAUCGGGUCAAACCGUAUGUUCGUGUCAAUAUGACUCGGCGCGUUUGGCGCUCUCCAGCUACUCGCGCUUGCCAGCGGCCAGCGUUGGCGUUUAUGGCACACCCUAUCCGUCGACGGAUCAAAAUCCCUAUCAGAGUAUUGGUGUGGACAGUUCAGCCUUCUAUUCGCCUUUGAGCAAUCCGUAUGCAUUGAAAAAUUCAGCAACUGGCACAGAAAUGACUGCUUGGACAUCAGCUGGGCUGCAACCAACCACCGGAUAUUACUCAUACGACCCGAUGUCCGCUUAUGGUUAUGGUCCCAGCUAUGAUUUGGCUGCACGUCGUAAAAAUGCAACACGCGAGUCAACAGCCACACUAAAAGCUUGGCUCAAUGAACACAAAAAGAAUCCCUACCCAACCAAAGGUGAGAAGAUUAUGUUGGCCAUCAUUACAAAGAUGACGCUGACACAGGUCUCCACAUGGUUUGCGAACGCCCGACGACGUCUUAAGAAGGAAAAUAAGAUGACUUGGGAGCCAAAGAAUCGCACAGACGACGAUGACGAAGCGAUGGUUUCCGAUGAAGAGAAGGAGAAGGACGAAUUGGAAAGUGAGAAGAUGUCACAUGGCAUGCAUAGUGGCAGUAUUGGUGGGGGGCAGCGAAAAGAGCUUGAAAAAGACGACGAAGAACUGCAGGAUGAUGAGUCAAAAUCCUUAGGAUCACACACGAAUGAACUUCGUAAUCAAGGCAUCGGUUUUGCGGGUGCCAGCGUUGGUAGUGCUCCGAGCGGUGUCUACCAUGGUUCCGAUGGCACAUCAAAUCAUCCACAUAACUACCAUCCCUACCAUCACCAACAUCCCGCUUACUAUCAGCACCAGCAGGCACUACUGGCAGCUAGCGGCUAUCCGACCGGUGGCAUGCCCACCAGCAAUAAUAACAAUAACAUAAACAAACAUGAUGGUAGUGAUCCAAAAAACCAGCUGAGCCGGGACUGUGGCGUGCCGAUUCCAGCAAGCAAGCCCAAAAUCUGGAGUUUGGCCGACACAGUCGCCUGCAAGACACCACCGCCAGCACAAGCGGCAGCAUAUAUGGGCCAGACGCAGCAGCAGCAGCAUCAGCACCAACAACAGCUUCAACAUCCAAUGCAGCAGGCACACAUGAACAGCAGCGGAGUGGGCAACCAUAUGGGAUUGUCACAGCAGCAGCAGCAGCAGCAGCUGCCGCCGCCGCCACCUCCGCAUCAACAACAGAUGCAACAGCCGUCAGCGCUGGGGGCACCACCACCACCGGCAACACAUAUGAUGAUGAGCAAUUACGGCGCCGGCACAGCCUUCUCGCGGGCGCCGCCUACCACAGCUUACGGGGGUUUUCUAGGGGCUACAAUGCAGCAGCUACAUACUACGAACAAUACCCCAUACAACAACGGCAGCAGCAACAGCAACAACAACAACUCCAAUCUGCCACACAACAGCAGCAACAUUAUCAACGGCAGCAGCAACAACAACAACAACAACGGUACCAAUAUCAUCCCUAUCAGCACGCGUAUCACGGCAAAUACUACGGCUCAGUCGGCGGCAGCAGCGGCAGCGUCGCAUCCAGCGCCAACACACAUGCGCCCGAGCCACAACAACAACAACAACACCAGCGCACCACAUCAUCCGUACGGAGCGGCUCAGCGGGGGAUGGGGUUUCCCGAAGCCCAACCCGAUACUCCACCCCAAACUCCGCCGAAUAUGAAACUGCAGAGCGUGGCAGCGAACCUUUUGCUUACCGCUUCGCAAAUCCCUACGAUCGCUACUUGUCGCAGUAAUGGCAAUGCCGGUGGCAAUGGUGUAGGCAUGAUUGCGGGUUCAGCGUACGGUUCAGCUAAUGGCAUGCAUGGUUAUGCCAUGAACUAUUCGACGCGUUUCGGCGAGUACUCGCCACGCGACGAGAGCUCGAGCGGUUCGAGCAGUUGCAGCUCAACGGAUUCACCACGUUCGCAACCGCAUGAUUCGCCAUACAAGGCGGCAUAUAAAAGCCAACAACUCGCUGGUUUUGUAUCGCCUGUUUAAGCGCCGUAAAAUUCGGAAUCUUAGCAUCAUGACUCUUGAGAUUUGCUAACAGCAAGUUUUUCCAUUCUGUUUCUUUCUUUUUGCAGACUUUUCCUCCACUUCUAACAUCUGGGACAUUGUGCAAAUAUAAUUCAACUGAAAAAUAUAUAAAAAAAAUUCAGUAAAAAUUAUUUAAAUUUACUCAGAUCUAUUAUUAAACUGUUAUAAUUUUGAGCAUAUGAAAUUUACAAAAAUUAAUUACUAAUCGACUUACAUGUAGUAAGUUAUAAGUGUAAAGCUAGUUAAGCUCGUAGAUCAUGCAAACAUUUAACAGCAAAUUGAAAAGUGAAAAAUAUAAACAUUAUCCUUGCAUUAAUAAAUUUCGAAAUAAAUACAUAUGUAAGCGUUAAGUAAAAUUUUCGACUGUGAUAAACUACUGACAACUUGUUAGUUUACUUUUUGAGUGUAAUCUGUAUUGUACUAGUACAUACACCCACAUACACAUUGUGCAAAUAUACAUUACAAAUCCAUACAUACACACGUAACAAUAUUUA